AUGGCUAGAUGGAGCAAAGCCCCCGACGAUGCUAAGGCUGCCUUCGACAUAGGAAGCACCAGUACGCGAGCUUGCGUUGAGUGUCCAGCGAGAGGAUGUUGCAUCGAGGUCGAAAACAAGGACAUAUCCAAGGCAUCAUCCCAUAAACACGACCCGGGAGACUACGCGUCGACAGGAUACCCGUUUGAUGACGAUAACGAGGAAGUCUACUUGGGCGAAAAGACUGACCCCGACCGAUUGGCGAUAUCUCUCAAGUAUGCCUUCUACAUCUUGGCGGAUGCCUCCGAUGAGCUUGUGGGCCAAUAUGCUCUUGUCAAACCACUGCUAAAGCGCAUGAAUGAGGAGGGCUUUCGCAAGAAACUCCGCCGAGGUCUGAUUGCCCUAUUCUCAAAGAUCUGGAAGCAGAUUGAGAAGCAUUGUAAAGUAGAGCGGCUCAGGAUCACUACCAUUGUUCUUUCCAUUCCGGCACAAUGGACGGAUAGCAGCUGCAAGUUCACCGAAGUCUACGAGGAUAUCAUGCGCGAAGUUAUUGGGGCGGGCUCCAGUGACAUGGAGUUCUGUUUCGUUACCGAGACAGAGGCGUUGGCCCAUUACCUGCUUAAGGAUCACAUCGAAGAGCUUCGCCGCCAUGGACACCGCGGUGAACAUAGCGCCUUUUUGUUCCUUGACUUUGGCGGUCACAAUAUGAACGGUUGCAUAUUCAAUGUUGUCUAUGGUGAUGACCAUGACGCAAGCUUCUACAGGGUUGGAGAGGCUUUUGGCGCGGGAGGUGGAAGCGAGCAAUGGUCUUACGACGUCAGCGAGUUGUGCAUCGAGCGGACUGAACGCCGAACGGGUCGGCGCAUGACAGCCGAGAAGAAGCAAGAGCUUAUCGACAAGUUCGACAGGUUCAAGGAUAGGCUAGGCCCCGGUUGUGACGACGAAAAGCCUUUCGAAUUCGAGGGAACGAUCGUUUCGCCCGAGGAGAUAAGACGCCUUUUCGAGAAGGCGCACGAAAAGAUCCUCGAGCUGGCAAAACGUCACAUCGCAGCUCUCUCCAAGUUCAAGAUAACCGACAACACCGUGGUCGUUGCUGGUGGAACAGCAAAGCAUGCCGGCAUCAAGCAGCGUCUCCGAGACAUGUGUCUGAAGAAAGGUGUGGCAGAGCCGGUAUUUGUCAACGUUGACCUCUGCGUGCGUUACGACUCAGUCAAAAUCGCUAAAGGGGCUGCCUAUUCGGCCUCGACAAAGAUCAGCAUUGACGACUUCUUGCGACAGGGCGCUGCGUUUGGCAUACAGCGGAAGGCUGUAGGGACCGGACCAGGCUCUGGCAAGAAAAAUUACUGGGAAGACACUGCAGAGGUGCUCUUCAGCAAGGACAAGAAAGACGCUCUCGACCUUAACUUUGCGACUGGCUGUGACGAGUUCAAGAUCAUCUGCGACCCCUUCUUUGGGCGCACUGGCUCAUCUCGACUGUUUUAUGACAGAUGCUACGAUGUUAUGUACAUUGGCAAGCUGAAGAGAGGUGGCUCUAGGAUUACGAUGUUCUUGGAGAAGCGAGAUGGCAAAGAUUUCGCUGUACUCAAAUCUGAGUGGGCGCACGUCAGAACUAAGGGUAUGAAGGAGUGGACCAGCCCAGAACCUCUCGAAAUCCGUGCUACCGGCAACGACAAGUUCCGAAUCAUCUGUGAUCCCCAUUUCGACAUGAAAGGAGUGGAAAAGCAGGAAAGAAUGCAAUUCGACCGAUGCUACGACAUCAAGGAUUUGGGAAAGCUAAUGAAUGGCAUAUGGUGGUUCGAGAUGUUCCUCACAACGAACCGCAAACAACCAGCUAUCGCCCUCAAAAUAAGACGAGAGAAGUAUUCCGGCCAGAGAUACCCGGGCGGGGGUCAAUUCCGAAAGGGGCCCAAGGAUCUGAACGCACCUGGGGGAGACAAGAAGAAGGAAAUCAUUCUCCCACUAUACUUUGAUGGUGGCAAGAAU